UAUUUUGAUCCCUAAACGGAGAAAACGUUGCCCUUUCAAUUGACAGUUACUCUGUCAGAAGUUGAAGGGAAAGGAAAAAAACAGUGCAUUUCAAUGGCACCCAAAGCAGAGAAAAAGCCUGUCGCCGAAAAGAAGCCUUUUGCAGAAAAGUCACCAGCAAAGGUGAUGGCGAAGGAAGGAGAAAGGAAGGAGAAGAAAAAGCACAAGAAGGGCGUGGAGACUUACAAGAUGUACAUUUUCAAGGUUUUGAAGCAGGUGCACCCUGAUAUCGGCAUUUCCAGCAACGCAAUGGGGAUUAUGAACAGUUUUAUCAAUGAUAUUUUUGAAAAGCUGGCAAGCGAGUCAGCCAGAUUGGCCCGCUAUAACAAAAAGCCUACCAUUACAUCGCGGGAGAUUCAGACGGCCGUAAAGCUUGUUCUUCCGGGAGAGCUCGCAAAGCAUGCGGUUUCUGAGGGCACAAAAGCUGUUACAAAGUUUACUAGCUCUUGAUUUUGUUUUGUUGCUAGGCCAGAUGAGCUUUCUAAAUUUCUCUGUUUUCUUUGGCCUGGUUUUAAGAUGAUAAACCCUAAUUUUGUGAUAGAUUUCUUAGCUUUCAUGCGUUCUUUAUGUUGUAGAACACUGGAACCCUAAAUUUUAACCUCGUUUUUCUUAAUUUUGUUUUA